UCAUUUUCAUUUCAUUGUUGUCGAGUGAGUCAAAAAGGUCAAAACAUUUUCAAGAUCUAGUCGUCGUGUUUGGCGAGCUAUUUAUUAUAUUUUUCUGUCCAGAAUAAACAAUAAGUGAUCCCACCCAGUGUGGAUCACUAAAUAAACCUGGGUUAUAUUGAAUCAUUAAUAGACAUAAUGAGUAAAAUCAUCCCCUCUGCUGCUAAACUUCUGGCUACAAACACUAUUCCGAAAUCGGCCGUUCCAAUAGUAUCCACAUCGACAGCAAAAUAUAGUACUAAAAAGGAGGCAACAUUUGAAAUUAAGCCCUACAAACUCCAUAAAUUGGAGAAGGGUCCUGCAACAUCAGUAAUUCUCACUGCAGAAGAUGCAAUCAAUAUAUAUGAGAAAUUAGCAAUGCUGCGUAGAAUUGAAACCUCAGCAGGAAACCUGUAUAAGGAAAAAAUAAUCCGAGGCUUUUGUCAUUUAUAUUCAGGUCAAGAAGCGAUUGCUGUGGGCAUGCGCACAGCUAUGCGUGAUGUUGAUUCUGUGAUCACUGCAUAUCGCUGCCAUGGAUGGACGCAUUUAAUGGGGGUUGAUUUAGUGGGUGUGCUGGCUGAGCUCACUGGCCGCAAGUCUGGCUGUUCUCGAGGGAAGGGUGGAUCUAUGCAUUUAUAUGGAAGGAACUUCUAUGGUGGCAAUGGUAUUGUCGGUGCUCAGGUACCACUAGGUGCAGGUAUCGCGUUCGCCCACAAGUACAAUGAUGACGGCGGUGUUAACUUCGCAUUGUACGGCGACGGCGCCGCCAACCAGGGACAAUUGUUUGAAGCAUACAAUAUGGCCAAACUGUGGAAUCUGCCGUGUGUCUUUGUCUGUGAGAAUAAUGGAUAUGGUAUGGGUACCAGUAUAGAACGUUCUUCUGCAAGUACAGACUAUUAUUCGCGUGGUGAUUUCAUUCCUGGUAUUUGGGUGGAUGGUAUGGAUGUACUGGCAACCAGAGAGGCUACACAGUUCGCUAUCGAUUAUUGUACCAGUGGUAAAGGUCCGCUACUAUUGGAGAUGGAGACAUACAGGUACUCUGGCCACUCGAUGUCGGAUCCUGGUACAUCGUACCGAACGCGCGACGAGGUACAGGAGGUCAGACAGACGAGAGACCCCAUCACCUCUUUCAAGGAGAAGAUAAUCACUUAUGAAUUGGCUACACCUGAUCAACUAAAGGAAAUCGACACUAGAGUUCGUAAGGAGGUGGACGAAGCAACUAAAAUAGCUAAGUCGGACAGUGAAAUAGGUCCGGAGGAGCUCGCCGCAGAUAUCUACUACAACAAUUUAGAGCCUGAAAUCCGCGGUGUAAGCCCCGACUCGCCGUUGCAGCACAUAGAGGUCUCUGCACGAAAUUAGUUCUUAUUAAUAAGUUUAUAAGGUCUCUUAUCCCGUUACAGAAUGCUAAUUCUGAAAUCUAGAUCAAAUUCAUGAUAUCCUCUUCAUCUUUAUAAGGUUAGAAGAGGAUGGCACGGUUUGUGUUAUUUAUAAAACGUAUAUUUCAACCAGCAUAUAAUAUGAUCCCAAUAAUUGACUACCUACAUAUAUUUAGUUUAUACAUUUAGACUUUUUAGAGGCAUGCACAUGGCGAACAGAACACGUUUCUUUGUUUUAGAAAUAAAACAAUUGUUUUUUAUUGUGAAUGACAUUGUAAACUGAUUUUCGUAUGUGAUGAAUUUGUAAAUAAUUUGAAUUUAUUUUUAAAUGUAUACAAUAUUAUAUAAUAUUUGGCAGGGUAUAUUUUUAAAGUAUAGUUUAUAUAUUACUGUAUAAUAUUAAAAAUAUACCUGUUUACCAUUAUUGAUUUAACACAUUUAAAAAUAUCAUUCAUUAUAUUUUGAAUAAAUGACAGUAAACUGUUAAUAAUAGUAUUUAUUUUAAAACGAAAGAAUUCGUGUUCGAUUGUAAUCCGUCAUACUAGAUAUAUUAGCUUAUUUAGGAGAAUACUUACUAGUUAGCAAAACGUUAUAAAAUAUGGAUGUAUAAAAGCCUAAGAGAAAGUGAUACUGCCAAAAUCAUUGUAAGCUAUUAAAAGACAAUCGCAUGAUUGGAUAAAUAUAUUUUACAUAUAAUAAAAUGUAAAAAUAUCUUUUUUAACAAAUAUUUGUAUGUUAGUUUUAGUGCAUAACUGUACAUUUAAAAACAGGAAAUCAUUUGUUUCAUUUUUGUUAAGAAGCCUACUUUUUAAUGGUGAGAUUAAAAUAUUUUUUCCUUGUAAAUAUACUUUUAUUUAUACAGUUUUGUUAUCAGAAUAAUACUUGAUAUAAUUUUUUAAUGCCAAUUAAGUUUGGGACUAAGUUUACAAAUGUAAAACCUACCUUUUGUUUAUUAAAUUAAAAAGACAUCAA